AUGUUGUGCUUGCACAUCGCUACGCUUCUGUGGCUUUCUCUUCACGCUACGGCUAUCGUCGACCCGGAUGCAUUCAUCACCGUUCCGUCAACUUUGUAUGUGGAACACGAGAACCUGAUCUCCGUUAGAACCUUACAGCAAAUUCCUAGUGCACAGUUAAUCACCAGUAUCCCAAGCCUGAACCACAAAGUCGUAGACACGAAACAGUUGGACUUAUCCACGAAGUUUCCCGAUAACCUAUAUGGACAAGAUAUUUCAUACAAAGCGCCAUUCGUCCCUAUCACAGAGAAGUCAGCCGAUGUCCAGUUAAAUUUCUCUCUGACGUUUUGUACAAACCCAGAAUGCACAGAGAAGACAGUGAAGCAUCUGACAGCGGACACGCGAAUCGCGCGACGACCGGUGAUUGUUUUGGGUGAGACAGACAAACCCAUCUAUCGUCCCGGUGAAAAUGUCAGAUUCCGGUUCCUGACUCUAACACCGCAAUUCACGGUGCCACUGAACGGUCCAAUCAACUAUCCAACUCAACAGCUGGUGGGAGGUGCCACGGACGGUGAGUUAACGCUUGAUACAUUUACCAGUGAACAUGCCGAAACCCUAACCCGUGUGGUGUAUGAUGAGAUUUAUGUGAAAGAUGACAAGGGCAACCGGUUGAAACGGUGGCUGAACGUGAGUCCGGCUGAGGCGGCCAAACUCUCCUACUCACUGCUUGCAGAUGCCCAAGAGGGAAAAUGGGCCGUGGUAGCAAACGUGCUUGGCGAGACAGAGACUUUGAGUUUUAGCGUGAAACACUUUGUACUACCGCGAUUUGUUGUGGAGAUUAGCCCUCCGAAAGGUCUUACGUUCGAAUCUAACUUCACCGAGUAUUCCGUCUGCGCUCGGUACACUAAUGGGCCUCCAAUGGGUGGCAGCGUCCGAUCCUACCUUUGUGUUUGUGAUGGGCCAGGCAGACCUGAAACAGAUUUAUCUAUCGAAGAUGAUGUACUGAUAACGGGUACCUGUCCAGGUGACUCUGGAUCACACGCUGCCAGACCUUGUGUUCAGCAAAAUGACAUCCUACAAAAAGACGGGUGUGUGAAAUUCAGCCCCUCAACCGAAAAACUACACCUGAAAAACAGAGAUUAUCGUAUUUGGGGACAGCACGUGAUUGUUUGUGCUGAGGUAAAAGAGGAGGGGACAGGAUCGAACGUGACUCGUUGUGAGGUCGGAGAGGCACUACUGAGGAGACAAGCGACCAUGGAAAUCACAGCUCCGUCUGUCUACAAACCUGGGCUUCCGAUAUCCAUCGCUCUGAAAAUAAACGGGCCUGUUUUAGCCGACGCCGAGAUUACCGUCGAAUGCUCAGAGAGUUGGAAUUCCUGCUUUCGCAUGUGGCACCCGUUGUCUAGAAGACCAGAUCAGGGGCGUUAUCAGUAUAGCACAAAAGUCAAGCCCGACUCAACCGGUUUUGCACAGCUGGUUAUACCACCUCCGUCAACCACAAGUGGCAUAUCAGUCAAAGCAAUCUAUUCACUAAAUAACACUAACAAGCGUGCCAAACGGUGGGUAGUCAUGCCACCGUGGAAUGAGGACCAAAGUACCCAACAAAUUGUUGCAUACGCCCAUUUGUCAGCCUGGGAUUCUCUUUCGGGGACAUCGAUGCAAGUGUGGCCCAAUGAGAAAGCGUUCAGCUUGAGUCCUUCCGGAUUGGUCACGGUGAACCUUUUGGGUAACGUUCCUCUUCUGGACAAAACCCUGAUUGUACAAACAAUGGUACGCGGAAAAGUUGUGAAGCACAUUGUUCGUCCUUUGGAUGGAGUUACGGAGUACUGCGAGGAUCGAGACGACAACUUGGGACACUACAAAUGUCAGAAAAACACUGCAGACGGAAUUAAGUGUUUGCGUGGAUGGCAGGGAAAAGAUUGCCUACAACCGAUAUGUGCAGCUGGAUGUAAUUCGCGUGGAGGGUUUUGUGAAGUGCCUGGGGUGUGUACAUGUAGAAAAGGAUGGACUGGAUCGAACUGUGAGAUUUGUUUAAAACGGGAAGGAUGUGUUCACGGACAAUGUGUGGACGGGAAUGACUGCGUUUGUGACAAAGGUUGGCAGGGUCAUUUAUGCCAACUUGCUCAGGUGGAAGUGGAAUCAAUCGAAGAGGUUACGGAGCCAGUUAGCACAGAAGAAACGGAAGCAGUCGGCAAUCUACCCGAUACAACCACAGAAGCAUCAACCGUUCCCAGGAGAACGCUAUAUCGAAGAAAUAUUUCGUUCCCUGUAGAUGGUAGUUGGGGUCCCGAAGCCAUUGUGAUAAUCUACUUUUACACUGAGUAUGAAUCAACGGCAGAGAUCAUCCCAGCAGUGUUGGAGCUGAAAGACCUUGAGAACUACACGAGCCCCGCCAUGGCAUUACAAGCCCAAACCAACAAAGCAGGGAUUCAGUUUGGUCGGAAGAGGGUUAGUCCAGGUCAGGCAGUGGAACUGACCGUUAGUCCUGCAGGGGUAGACACUAGUGCGUUGGAAAAUAACCUUUUGAGCGGCGAAACCCUGUCCGAACAAGUAUGCUUUAUACGUUUGUCGGACGUGGCUUUGGACAAUUUCGAUGGGAACAGAAAUCUGAUUAAUUUGGAAACCUACGCAAAGUCUGUUGAGCAACUCAAUUCUGCAAAUAUGUGGAGACCAACCGUUGCCAAAACCGUCGAAGAAGCAUUUCAAGCGGCCGGAAUGUUCCACACUUCGGUUUUUGCCAAGGAACGUAUCAGGCCGGAUAUCAUAGCUUGUCCGCUAAUGUCCAUGAUGCGAUCUGGUUCACAGAUGGAUUCUGAUAUGCCAGCUCCAAACGCAGUGAUGGCAAAUAGUAUUCCCAGUGUAAAACCAAGACUACGAGAUUUCUUUCCCGAAGUAUGGCUUUUCGAAGCGGUCCCCAUAGGGAAGAUCAAUUCCUCCAGUGGUCAACCCACCGUGGGUGUUCAACAGUCCUUAACCGCCCCGGACUCCAUCACAACCUGGAGAGCCUCAGCAUUCUGUACCACCAAAUCAAAUGGACUGUGGAUUCCCGACUCGAACACAGUCACCGUGUCAAUGCCAUUCUUCUUGGAGUUGACCCUACCAAAACAAGUGAAAAGAGGAGAAAUAAUCUAUUUGCCUGUAAGUGUGUUCGUCGCACGGAAGGAAGAGCUUGAUCCGAAGGAAAAGGGUUGUUACGAGGUUCGAGUGUCAACAAGGGUUGCAAGGGAAGAUUGGCUACGAGUUGGUGUGAGCGACUAUUCCGGUUGUGUGUGCUCCGGAGAAAAGCAAACGUUCCAAUUAGGUCUGGUGCCUCAACGUCUUGGCCAGCUGAACGUUACAGCCGAGGCUUAUGCCAUAUCAGGUAGUCAACUCUGUGACGAAUCACAAGAUGAGUCUAAUAAACAAGUCCACACGUUGAGUGACAUGAUUCGUCGACAGAUUCGUGUCAUUCCCGAGGGUGUUCCAAAAGAAGCUACUUUCGGGGACAUUCUGUGUCUGCCAGAUGGGGUUAGUCACAACGUUCUGACCACUCCGGUUAGUGUUCCAUCGAGUAUGAUCCCUGGUUCAUUGCGUGUCUAUUUGACCUAUACCGAUGAAGUCCUGGGGCCUGCAUUAAGCAACUUAGACAAUCUGGUCCGCUUGCCCACAGGAUGUGGAGAACAGAAUAUGGUCCUGGUGGCACCAAACGUCUAUGUGUUAGAAUACUUGAAAUCGGGAGCACAAGUGAGCAGCAAAGAACGGGAGAAGUUAAUCCACAGCGCCCGAACGCACAUUAUGACCGGGUACAAAGGUCAGCUGAAAUAUCGCCUGGAUGACGGGUCUUAUUCGGCAUUUGGCCAAUCUGAUAAAGUCGGCAGUACUUGGUUGACUGCAUUUGUCCUACGCGUGUUCAGCAAAGCCUAUCGAGUUGAUCCAACCCUCAAUAUCGAUUGGGAUCGGCUUUUCAACGAAACAUUCACGUUUCUGAAACAACGUCAAGACCUGGAGGGCUCUGGUUGUUUCGUUGAGAAGGGGAGAGUAAUUCAAUCAUCGAUGCAAGGUGGUCUUGGAGGAUCGAAAGAGAAGAACGAUCAGGCCCUACUGACGGCCUACGUGUUAUCCAGUCUGUACGACCUGAAGGUUACCAAGGCAGCGACGGAUCCCAAGGCUUAUGAGUCGAUAAUCACCAACGGUAUCCGGUGCAUAAAAGCAGGCGUACCAAGAGAUAUACUUCUCCCGGAGCCAUUGUCAAAUGUGGCUACCUAUGGCCUGGCCCAGGUGUCUUACGCUUUGCAAAUGUACCAACCUGAAAGAUAUGAUACAGAGUUGUACCUACAAGAGUUGAUACGCCGUCGCCGUACAAUCUCAGAUGCUCUCAGAGGUCCACGCAGUUACUGGCCAGCUAAUGAGUCGUCGGACGAUGCGGAAAGUUCGAAAUGGGCUGACGCCUUAGAUGUGGAAACGACCAGUUAUGCUUAUCUGACCCUGGCUGAAAGACGUGAACAAGCAAUUGAACUUCUCCCAAUUGUCCGUUGGCUCUCGACGCAACAAACGUCGACUGGUGGAUUCCGUUCGACUCAAGACACCAUUCUUGCAAUGCAAGCAAUCGCUCAUGCUGCAACUGGUCUGCUGUAUAAUGGAACCAAUCCGGGGAACACGAAUAUUAGCCUGUCUGCAAAAGUCAUUCCAAGUGGCUACAAAAUCGAUGAUGUGCUUAAUGAUCAGAAGCGACAAGUGGUCAAUCAAAUCGCGAUUCCACACACUGAUCCGAAUGAGGUACAGGAGAUCAUGUGGGAGGUGAACACCGAUGCGAUGUCAGCCACGCACUGUGUGGCUCUCCAGACUGCAUUGUUUUAUAACGUACCGGAACCAACUUCAACGACAGAUGACAUAUUUACAGUGACUGCCACAGUGGUACAAUCCAACCCACCACCUGGAAAUUCAUGCACAACAGCCAUGCUGACUACCUGCUUGCGUCCAGCCUCGAGGACGGAUCCUGUCCAGGAGAGUGGAAUGUUGCUGGUCCGUGUGCAGAUGGUCAGCGGAUGGAAGCCAGUUCAAGAAGAGAUACUCAAACUUGUUGGGACCGAUGAAGAGUCUGUCAGAAAGGUUGAGUUCGAUGACGAUGGAACCGUGUCAUUGUACUUCAACGGUUUCACUUCCAAUGAAGCUGAAGUUGCCGGUGGAUGGAGCCAGUUGAAACGCUGCGUAGAGCUGAGUCUGCGUCAGACCACAUAUGUAGACUCUACUCAGCCAGCGCUUAUUUCUGCUAUGGAUUACUAUGCGACAGAACGUUCUGUGAUGAUCAAGUACCAGUUGGAAGAAUGCAAACCCGCCUGGUUAACUGAAAACGAGCCACCAGUUACUACAACACUAUCAGCUACAACAACCGAACCUCCUUUGUCCACUCCCACUCCGAAACCUCUCCUUUGUCCCAAGUGUCAAGUGGACAGCAGUUUAACGUCAAAUCUGUCCGACAUUUUGUAUUCGAUGAUAUGCAGUGGGUAUGGAAGUAUGUUUGUGAUGAAUUUGUACGAAUCCGAUGAAAACGCUUUCAACGUCACAAUGAUUGUCGUUUCUGCAAACGGGUUUGCAUCUACCUGGAAUGCUACAGUCGACCGCCCUGCCCUUUCCAACUGUUCUUGCGAGUCCCUUCUUUUCAAAGGAUCAAAGCUUAUAUGGUUAGCCUCUGGAUACUUGGAUGUUUCCCUUGGAGAAACGAACAUUUCACCCGUGACAGACAACGCAGAUGCCCUUCUGCUUCCAAUUGAAGACGUGUUACCCGCCCUUCGAACAGUCCAAAGCCGUUUUGAAGCCAAGUCAAAGUUGAUGGAAUCUGAUACUUCGAAUUCGAUCAUGUCACCAGAGUUGUACUCAUGUAAAAGAAUCAAGCCGUUGAUAAAGUAUGUUGAGAAGAAACUGCUCCCAAAA